AGCGUUGUUGAUUUCUGGUAUCUAUGCCCCGAACUCCAAAUUGAUAAAUAUCACUUGUUGAUUGCUGUACCUCCCACCGAACUCAUGCAUCAUGACUCAGCUUUUACAUGACAGUUAGUAUAUUUUACAGAGCAAAAUUUAGUCUUCAUCAUAUUACUCCAGCAAAGAGUACAACUUCUAGUUCUUGUGUAAAAAGUAUAUUACUAGCGAUCUUCUCGAGGUAAUGUUGAAUGAAGUCGUCUGAUCCUACAUCUUGUUCUUCAUCGUCUUCUGAUUUUCAGUUGUGCCACUACCAUCUUCAUGAUAACCCUUGUUCACGAAAAUGCCACUCGUCUCUUCAAUGCAAAAAAUGGAACGGGAGGUUCCAGGUGCCGAAAUGAUUCAAGUGCGCAUUAAGCAAGAGAAGGAAGGUUUUUACGCUCUGACUUUGCCGUGUCCGCAGAACGGUUACAACGUGAUACGACGUCCCGGAUUCAACUACAUUCAGAUACAAAAAGAAAAACGGAGGAAGAAAGCGGCGUUGAAGGAAGAGUUGAACAAAUGGGGGACAGGAGAUGCGGAUGGUAUUCUAUUAUCUCCUAUUUUGUCAAGGUAUAAUUCUAAGGAGUAGAAUCUUGUGAGAAUUACCUCUUCCUUAUUUUGCUGCUCCUCUUCCAUAUUUUGCUGUUCCUCUUCCUGUUGCUGUUAGUCAAUCCAGACCCACACAAACAAAAAAAUCAAAAACUACAGAAUCAGCCGAGCCAGUGCGUGACAGGUUGUCAGACCGAAUCCCUGGUGCUGAAGGACUGCGCGCCAAAGUAGAGAGAGAACGACAUGAGGGUCGUCAAAUCAAGGUCCCUUGCCCUGCAAAUGGUUACAGCGUGCACCAUGAGCCUCCGUCGAAAAAACAUGGCAAUAGGGCAAGCAAAAAGAAGACUGCAGAAGUCGAUGCAGCGCUAGACAUAACUGGCAUAUCAGAAGAGGCACCAGCAGCACUAAAUAAUGCGGUUUCUGUACAGGAAAAGGAUGACCAAGAAAAGGAUGACUUCGCAGCGGUUCGUGGGGAGAUUAAACAUGGCUACUUGCACAAUGCCAAUGUCGCUAGAAUCGAUACGAAAAUGGAAGCUAACUUUCAAGAAAGGAUCUUUCUACACGCAAUAAUGAGGCAUGGUGAAGAAGGAGUUGCAGGGGAAGGUGAAGGUGCUGACCACCAUAACGGAGAUGCCCAAGAUGGUGCUAGUGCAGAAAGGGGGACAGGAGCUAUUGCAGCAUUUAAUACUGAUGAUGUUGAAGCCCACGAACAAGUUGAAGGUACGAAGCAAGUCUCAUUUGCCCGUACCCCACAGAACACCAUUGAGCGACUCAACACUAUCGUGGAUCUGGAAGAUGACAUAAACUGUGUUGCUCAGAGAGUACUAGAGGAAAACGGUCUACAAUUUGGAACUGGCGACAGACGGGGGACCGCGGACACGAUAAGCCCUGGCGACGAUGGCGAUGAUACCUGUUCCUCGGAUGGCGAGUUUCAUUCGCUGAGGAAAAUCUACGGUCAAGUAGGACGCGGGGAUAAACUGAUCAAACCCGAUGGCGGCUUGUUUCACGCGGAAGCUGAGGACGCAGAUAGAGUCCAUGUGUCGACGCCACCGAAUGAGCUGGCUGAUGAUCCUGCUGCUGAGGUCGUGGAGCAAGUGCAAGAAGCAGAACCUGUUCUUGGGGAAGGAAGAACAGUUGUAGUUGUAGAGGAACAGCAAGAUGUUGCCGAACUAGGCUAGAAGAUCGGCACGUAUCAUUUGACGCGGAAGAAACUCCAGCGGUAGGGAACCCUAAGCCCUAAGCCCUACUGACGAGUGAUAAAGCAUAAUCACGAGGUGAUCUUCUAACUGUAUAGCACCAACGAAUGAAGGUGGUCAAUUAUUAAAUAUCGUUCGACUCGUCAACGAACUUCUAGGUUGAUGAAGAGUGCUUUCUAUCAGGUAUAUAUCCGACCGACAUUCAUCAAAAAAUAACAAAUUUCUCUUUGAUUAUACUUACUCGACAGAACGAUAACAAUAAGAAUACUCGACGACCUUUUGUUUUCGAGUGCCUUUAGCAUCGAGACGUUCUUGAAGAACAUUUGUAGGACUAGUAUCAUGGCCGCGUGUCAAGUACUUAUUCAAUCAUGCCUCUUGCUGUAGUACUAGUAGAGAAGCUGCAAUGAAUACUGUAUAAGCCAUGUACACCUACACCAAUAAAGUCUAAAUUCAAUGGUGGACAU